AUGGCUAUCGAUAAAGGAUUGCACACCGCAACCGGCAACAUGGAACAUAUGUUAGCACAAUGUUCUGGAGUAACAGUGGUGCUAGACUGCGCUGCAGACCACUCUCGGUUAUACAGAGACUAUAUCGAGUCUAGUUUCCCAUGGGUUGUUGAAUUUGGUCUACCAGACCAUUUUCUUAUUGGGAUUUAUAUACAGCCAGACAUAAGCAGUUUAGUCAGUAACAUUUAUUUCAUUCUGUUUCAGUUUAUAAAUAUAACUGCAACGUUAGCCUGGAAUUACUCGGAUGUCUUCAUAGUUUGUAUAAGUUAUUAUUUGACUUCAAUCUUACAAGGAAUCUAUAGAAAAGUGAUUGAUAACAAGGCUAAGUAUUUGUCGUCAAGUUUUUGGGCUUCGGUUCGCGAGGACUACAACCACGCGUCGCAGCUGGUGCGAGCGGUCGAUGACGUCAUCAGUGGCGCCGUCUUCGCAUCUUUUACCAUUAAUCUGUUCUUUAUUUGCUUUCAACUGUACAAUCUUUUGUCGCCUAUGGGAGGAUAUGAGAAUGUGAUAUAUCUCACUUAUUCAAUGAUGUUUGUUUUAUUUCGAUAUUUAUGUGUUUCUCUCAUCGCUGCUCGAGUGCAUACAACCUCACAGUCCCUGGCACCUGCACUUUAUGACGUUCCAUCGACCGUUUAUAACGUUGAGGUUCAAAGGUUUUUGGAUCAAGUUCAUCAUGACACACUGGCCUUAAGCGGUCUUCAAUUUUUUUAUGUCACCAAAAGUCUAGUUUUGACUGUGGCUGGUUCUAUUUUUACAUACGAGCUGGUUCUAUUGCAGUACGGUGGAUAAUUAGGUAUAAUAAUAAACUAAUUUUAGUAUAUAUAGG